CUGCUUCGCCUAUUAUUGUUUUGUUCCUCUUCUUUCGCGGGCUGCAAGUUCGGCCGCAGGAGAGGAAAGGGAGGCUUUGGACAAGCGGCGAUGGAUUCGGAUUUGGAGGAGAGAGUGCGCGCGGCUUUGCUAGACAAACUGCAAAUGAUGAAAAUUCCUGAAAGAGAAGAGGACUUUUUGCCUCCUGCUUGCUGUCUGCUGGAGAAACAAAGGGAACUGGCAGAGGUGGAACAAGCUCUGUUGGCCCAGAAAGAGGAAUUCCAGUUGAAAAUGGAAGAGCUGCAGCAACGACGGAAGGAACUGGAGCUCAAAGAGGGCCAGCUCAAAAAGUCAAUUUUAAAGUUUGACAAGUUCCUGAAGGACAAUGAUGCCAAGCGGAGCCGGGCUCUGCGGAAGGCUGGCGAGGAGAAGCAACAAGCGGCUCAGAGAGAGGCGGAAGCUGAGCGCCUCAAGGAGGAGAUUGCACACCUGCUGUCCGUGAAGGAGAAGCUGCAGUGGCAGCUGGAGAGACACAAGGCCUUCCCAGAGUAUUUGCAGAAAGUUCUGGAAAAGACGGAGCAGUUUCAGGGCAUCCCAGAGCUGAUUGCCCAGUUCCAGGCUCUGAUGGCCACCCAGGCCACCUUGGCCCAGAGGGAGCUCUUUGGCCAGGAAGCCGUGGAGGAGGAGCGUGCCCGCCUGCAACGCUACACGGAGGAAAGGAGCAACCAGAUCUUGCAGCAAAACAACCGGGUGGCCGAACUGCAGGCGCAGCUGGAGCAAGCCCAGACCAGGGUCCUGGAACUGGAGUCUAACUGGGUUUGCAUCCAGAACACCGCUGCCGACAAGACGUUGGAGCUUGGGAGGAUCAAGCUGGCAGCUUUGAACCUCUUCCAGAUGGUUGCCAAGCACAGGAAGCUGCCAGCCGACGUGGCUAUGGAAGACACGGCAGCCCAACUCGAUGCGGUUGAGCUUUGUGUCGUGGACUUGAACGACAUCCUGGCCAACUUCCGCAAAGGGGAACCCACGCCAGUCCCUCAGCCAGAAACAGCAGCAGCAUCUCGCUCCGAGACAGACCCCAGCUAACCACCUCAACCGCCUGGGGUCCACAAGCUGCUGUUAGGAUUCCCAGAAGACUUGAAAGCUUGAAGAACUACCCUGCCUCAAACAUGUUUCUCCAUACGCCAACAUGACAACCUCUCCCAAGAGCAAAAUGUUUUGACUUCUACCUUAAAAGAUGGGCCUAUUUUCCACCUCCUGCCAAAAGUGAUAGGGUGAAGGAAAUAUGGUCCAUAAUGCCUUUUCUUUAGGGAUGCUGAAAUAGACUCUUAAGUUGUAAGAGGGAGCCAGGGGAAACUACACAGACACACAAUUCGUCCCCCUUUGACCUGUGCAGCGCUUCAGAGGCAGCCAGGGGAAACCACUCAGAUACCAUGUCCCCUCCCUGGGAACACACUCACCCC